AUGACACGCCCGUACCCUGCUAGAUCUGCCUCGUUGGCUAUCACCCUCUUUGGGUCCUUGACCAACCUCAUCCUCGCUCUUCAGCUUGCAGCUGCUUGGAGGGUUUUGAAAUGGGAGCCAGAGUCAGAAUGGGAGAGUUCGGGGUGGCGGUUCAAUGGCGUUAAGAUUGUCCUGGGCUUGUUGUCAAGCUACUUCGCCAUAUCCGCUGCUUUGUGUGCUGUAGGGUUCUGGGGAUCACUCAAGAACAAAUCAGCACACGUGCGCAUCUACCGCGACUACUCCAUUGUCGACUUCUCUUUCUGCACAUUCUUUACCCUUGUUGGAACAUACACGGCCUUCCGACCGUUCGUCAGAACGGGUGUCUGCGAGGAACUUUCCCGCCAACCAGAGUUCAUGCGUGAUAUGGCCGAAAUGGGCUUAAAUUUGGAGAACUGUGAACUCUGGUUCGAGCGGGCGGUGCUCGUGGCGGUCGCCGUGAUGUUUAUCACUAUCAUCAUCCGGCUUCAUUUCUUGAUUGCGAUAUCCAAUUUUUACUCGCACUUGUCGAGAUAUCAUCAACGCUCGUGCAGCUUACCCACCCACUGUCAUUCUCUAUCUCUUUCUCAUUCUCAUUCGCAUGGUCACUUGCGAACCCGGUCAACUUCGAGGUCCCAGGAUUCUCAGAGAAUCCUGCUGCUCUCCCGCCUCACAACGUUUACUUUACCGCCAAGCGUUGUGUCGGGACCACCGCCGGCAGCCCCGCAGAUGUCAUUCUCGGCACCUCCAACGCCCUCAAGUGGCGGCGUCGAGUCACCUACCGAUGACAACAUCUUCGUCUACGCACCCAUCCCUCUAUCCAUGUUAUCACCUCAGCAGGCUCAGGAACUCCGUGCCAAUGCUACGGAAGCCUGGGUAUCCCGCCCAGAAAAUGAUCAUGAUCGAGCUAGGGGGCACAGACACAGAUACCCGCACCCGCACCCUCACCAUUCUGCCGACCAAAACAGGGUCCAGAACGCUGGAAGAAUAAGCCUACCAAUCAGGGAGAAUGAACCAUUGCUCCCUGGUUACGAUGAUGUCAAAGCAUAA